AUGCAACAAUCAGGAAGCAGCUCAUUAAUUGCCACUAUCCGCGAGAUUUCUCAUGCCCCUCAGUCUAUUUUAUCAUUUUGGAGGGGUACCCUUCCCUCAGCCCUACGAACUGGAUUUGGGUCUGCUAUAUACUUUACUAGUUUGAAUGCUUUGCGACAGAAUGUAUCGCGGUUUCGUUUACUUCAGAUGUCAGGCCACAAUAGCGUUGGAAAUCACUCUUCAUCAUUGCCCGAGCUCUCAAACCUUUCCAAUCUUGCGACUGGAGCGGUUGCACGGGCAACAGCUGGGUUUGUUCUUAUGCCCAUGACAGUUCUUAAAGUUCGCUUUGAAUCAAAUAUGUACGCUUAUCGAUCCUUAGCAUGUGCAGGGCAGGAUAUAUUAAAAAGGGAAGGAUUCAAAGGGUUUUUUUCUGGAUUUGGUGCAACGGCUGCUCGAGAUGCACCAUAUGCUGGCCUCUACGUUUUACUUUACGAGCAACUCAAGAGAAGAUUCAGUAUAUUUACCAGUCAGAUUUACAAUGACGAGUCCUUGGCCGGCAUGAACGGGCCAAAGUCAGCAUUUAUAAACUUUAGCUCUAGUAUGAUCGCGGCUGGACUAGCUACGGCCAUCACCAAUCCCUUCGACGUUAUCAAAACAAGAAUACAGUUGCAACCCAAAAUCUACCACAAUGUGUUCAGCGCUUUCCACAAAAUCAUACGGAAAGAUGGUCUAAAGUCUUUGUCAGAUGGUUUGCUCCUUCGUAUGGGUCGCAAGACCUUGAGCUCAGCUUUGGCAUGGACCCUUUAUGAAGAGGUCAUAAGAAGAGCCGAGUACCAUUAUAAGUAG